AAGAUAAGCAUUAAUUUCGACGCCCCACCAAGAAAAGUAAAGCAUAAAUAAACAUCCACAAUUAUCACAACCCAACCGCCCCAAGAGAAGACCCAAGAAAACAGCUAACAAAACCAGAAACCGAAGCUGAAAGCCCUCCGAAAAUGAGACUCCUCAUCCUCGCCACCGCCGCCGUCCUCCUCCUCCUCCAAGUCUCGGCCGUCGGGUCCGCCCGCACGGAGCCGCUGCUCGGGGGGUGGAACCCGAUAAAGAACCUGAGCGACCCGUACGUGAGGGAGAUCGCUGAGUUCGCCGUCAAGACGCACAAUGACAAUGCCAAGACGGGGCUGCUGCUGAAUAAGGUGGUGAAGGGCGAGACGCAGAUCGUCUCCGGGACGAACUACAGGCUCGUCGUCGAGGUCAAGGACGGGGCCGACACGAAGAGCUUUGAGGCCCUCGUUUGGGACAAGCAGUGGGAGCAUUUCAGGCGUCUCUCGUCGUUCAAGGCCGUUCAGGGCAACGCGUGAUGUCGUCGUUUCGUCGUACUUCUGAGUUAUUACUAGUAAUCCUCAGUCAUAUUACAGUUUCAGUAGUUUGAGAAUAAAUUAAGAGUCUAUAGAAGUAACAUCUUCUGGCUGUUUAUCGUUAGCAAAUGGAAGCUUCAGUCUGAUCUGAUGCGCUGUUUCUGUUUGAAAACUUUGGUAUAAUUCGAGGGAUCCUAUGUUUUCCUUUCC